UCCAACAUUUAGCAAGUGAAACCACGUGCAAGCAUCUGUUCGCUCCAAUCAAUUGAUGUAAACUGAACGAAGCGGACCUUUGUGGGAGCAAUUGUGUUUCCGUGGCGCGGAGGUAGAUCUCUUAGUGAGUGUGGAGCCCAUUGAAUUUGUGUUGAAAGCGGAAUAAUACGGUCAUAUAAAUAGUAGGGAAACGGAUAUUAUCGGGCGCGUCUAAUUAAUCAGGCGUUUAAUGCUUAUUUGGCAACAUACGGAUUAGACUGUGCUUAGUCAAUAGCGUUUUAUAUGAAAAAGAAGCUAUUUUUACCUGGAUGCACGGAGUAUUAUGCGUUUUCUUUUCUCAUUGGACUGUAAAAUACGCAUGGUUGAUAUUUUGCAAAUAUUUGGACGUCCACGUAUUCCUUUCAUCUUUUUAUGACUUGUGACUCAAUGAAAACUAUAUUUUGAAACUGACAUUUUUUUUUUGUAGACCACCGAGUGGAGAUGUUAUUCGCCUUCAAAUUAGAUACUUUCCCAUUGCCAAUGCCACAAAACUGCGUCUUUUUCUACGAACCAAGAGCUGUAAAGAAACGCAAGACCCCAUCUCUGUGAAUACUGCGCGUGCUGCAUCAUCUCAUUCAAUUUGCUGUCAGCCAAGAGAGGGGCAACAAUAACUUUGAACGGUUAUUCUGUCACAUUUCCUUCAGUCUCCGCAUCAUUUUCCACAGAUUCAAAGCGGGCAGCUGUUGCAACACACGCAUACACACGCAGUGAAAAUCUAAGACUAACAAAGGAAAACAGAAGCCAAGAAAAAGAGCCAUCAGCCUGGAUGAAAAUGACUGGAGUCCUGGCCAGGAAUACAAGUCGUCUUCUUUUCUAAAGCAGAUGAACUAUCACUGUUUUUGUGAGCCAGGGGCUUUUUGAAAGGAUGUUGAUUUGCACAGAUUGAAGAUUUUCUCUUUGACUUUUUGCUACCAAAACCAGUGCCAAACACUAACCGUGCCAACCAGAAGCAAGAAAUUAUUUCACUAGUAUUUUUGCAUUUUUGUUGAUCCAUUUAAGCCAUUGAAACUCAAUUUACACCAACAUUAGUUCACAAUUUUUACCUUAUCUUCCCUAUUAGUCUUUUUAACUAUAAUAGCAUGUAAUGGUUCCCAAGGUGGAAAGUUUAUAUGUCCAUCACUUAGUUUAAGUAAAAAACAACAAGCAGCUUUUGAUCCCCAAAAUAGGGAGAACAGUGCAUUAUUGGUUAAACAUGCUUUAUGUAAGAGUGGCCGAUACAAAUGCAUUAACCUGAAAGAGUUUGGCUCCUGAUCGAUUGCUCGAUGGAUGGAUGGAUGGGCUUAUGGAUGGCUGGCACAAGCCUCAUUAAACUUUCCAAAUUGAGCUGCUGCUAAUUCUGUUGAUUAGUCGUCUGUUCCUCUCACAAAGGCCCGUUUAAAUCUUCCUCUCCAUCAGAUCUCUUUAGUCAUCCAUCUUGUUUACUUCUCCCUCAAAAGUCUCUGAAGGGUUUAGAUACUGAAGCCAUACAUCUCAUAGCCAUACUAACGUCAAGAUCCCUGCCAUCAUUGCGAGGAUUCAGCUUGGUCAUUCUGAAAGAUCAGGUGCAUGGGUAUUUUCAAUAAUAUCUUUAGAGGUGUGCAUGUUUAACAUUGGUCCAGGUUUGACGUUCCGUGAUCUGCCAUAUUCACCAGCGAGCCAUUGACGCGUUUACUGUCUUGACAGUGGGACGACGUUUAAAGUUGUCACACUACUUGAAAAGAGGCUUUUUAAUAGUUAGGAUAGAUCUUUGGUGUGACUGCUUGACGAUAUCCACGUGUUCCACAUUGACGGAUGAAUCCUGACUUCAUGCCUGUUCAGUGGGCUCAACCAUGCUGUCCUGCCAGAACUGGGCCCAAGCCCCCAUUUGUUUUAUUCUGUUGGGCUGAGCUAAAUCCAGAGCAGAGACACUCACGCAAGAGGGUCCAACACACAUAGACCCUCAAACUUCAACCUUCCAUUUUCUCUCUUCCUUUCCUGAACACUUCUUCCUUUCUGGCCUGACUUGUGUCAUCAAACCAGAAACUAAUAUUUACAUGCUGCUUGUUACACUUCGUGAGUGCCCUAACCGACAUACACUCUUCUAAAGCCUUCGUAAUGAGCCUUUGUCCCGUGGUGCCGCCUUUAGAGAAAAGAUCAGCUCUUUCCCAUUUCUGAACACUUGCUCAUUCAUUGCUUCGUCUUACCUUUAUCUCUAGCCUCAAUGACUUCCUUCUGAAACUCGAAAAGAUGAAGUACUUAGUAUUUUUCUUGAGAACUGACACUGUUAGCCUGAUUAUGUGGUCUGCACAACAGAACCUCAGUGACCUUGAAAGGUAUUCUUGUUAGUCUCACAAGACAUUCUCAUUGCAAAACUGAGAUUUGUUUACAAGACAACAUCAGUUCUUGGAGCUGAAGAUGACAGUUGUUUACAAGUCAAUGGAAUAGCUGAGUACUACUAACUGUUUCUUUCUAUACGGUUGUUUAGUGAGUUGACAACUGAAGUGCCAACCAGAAUAGAGAACAUUUGGUGAGACAUAGUUUACACUCGAACAGAAAUGUUUACAUUUUGCCCAUAAGGUGAACUCAGAUUGAGUCUUGAAUGAAUUGUUAGUGCCAUAGAUCAGUUCAGUUACACAGACUUAAACAAAGCACCUUUAAGAAGAAGCUGCACCCAUGACUUCGACUUUCUGACACUUUAAAAGGUUUACAUUGUUAAAAUAUACAUUUUGUUUACACGACUAAAUUGCUUGCAACAAAAGUCAAGAGUCAAAUAUUUGUUCCUUUUGUUUCUCAUCUGAGCCAUUUUCAUAUAUUUAAAGCUGUUGUUUUAUAGAAAUUGUUCAUUGAGAAGAUUCCAAAUUUUUAAUUUUGUGCCAAAUCAAAAUUUUCAAAAAUUCCAGCUCUCACACAUUAAGCAUAAAACGUGUAUAUAGAUUUACCUCAUUCUUGUUAAUAAUUUCCUCAGAAAUAUGUUUACACCCUAACUGAGUCUCAUACUUUUUUCUUUAACCCAGACUCCCGCACUUGGAUGUGCAUUUUGCAUAUUAAAUAAUUUGCAUACUAGUGUAUGCACACGUGAAAGAGAGAUUAACUUGUCUACAUGUCUUAUAUAUUGCCACACUGACUUGCAACUUUUGAUAGACAUCAGCUUUUUGUAGAAGUCUUUUGUACUAAGGCUUCACAUUUUUUUUUUCAUCUUUGAUAAAUUAAAGCCCCUUGUAUCAAGAUGCCACCCGCUGCCAUCUUGCUUUUCUUCCUGUUUGGAACUGUGGUCUACACAGUGACUAUUACCUCGGAACGCUCCUCCGUGAAUGGGGGCCCGGUGCUGCUUCUGUUGCGAGGACGCAGCCGCAAGUUCCCUCAGCCCGAUGUGCAGGGCAAGGAGGCCGCUGCCAUGGCAGCAGAGCCCGAGGCAGCCGAGAUCCCUCCGAGACCCCUUCCACAGAUUAUGCUACCCCGCAACGUGACGGCCGAUGCCCUGAAGCCCCCGCUGGGUGCCGCACAGGUCGCCCCUCCUCCUCGGCGACUGGUGGACGUGGACGUGUGUCAGGGCUACUACGAUGUGAUGGGACAGUUUGACAACACUUUCAACUGCACCAAGGGCACCUACAUCUACUGCUGUGGCACCUGCCAUUAUCGCUUCUGCUGCGAGCACCAGCGCAGCCGUCUAGACCAAGACUCCUGCACUAAUUACCGCUCACCUGUUUGGGCCAUUACGGCGGGACCCAUCACCGAGCCUCCCAUCCGACACGACCCAGAUUUCGACCCACUGCAGCAACAGAGCAACAACACGGCUUACGUCAUUGGGGGAGUCAUCUCUUUUACCAUGGUUGUGGCCAUUGGGGUUAAAGUGGCCUUCCAUAAACUGUCUCGACGACCGAGGAACAGAGACAUCAACAUGCCUAGAGCGCUGGUGGACAUUCUGCGUCACCAGUCCAGUCCAGUUCAGCAAGGAGAGAGGAACAACAGCACGGUCCUCACAACCGCCACCUCCAGCGAGGGCACGCUGGGGCGGACAUCGAAAAACUUCUAUGCUCCCAUCCUCCAGAACAAAGACAACCGGACUGGGAAACACAGUUUUGGCCAGACUGGGUCCAGUCCUAAACACACAGCUACUAUCGAGCGAGUUCCACGCAUGAACAACUCCCAGAUGGUCUCCACAGGAACACUGCUGUCCAGCAAGCACAAUAAUUCUGGCUUUCACCCUUCAUUCUCUCACUCUUUCCACAACCUUGCCCAGCUACCUCCAUCAUACGAGACCGUCAUGAAACCAGAGCUCAACCGUUACAGUUCCCUCAAGAGACUAGAGAAAAACUUGGAUGAAUAUUCUGGAUAUUACAACUCCAGGCGAAGGCCAGACAAUGCACCACCCAGCUUCCACUCCUCCCAGCACCACCUGCCCUGGGGUGGUGACUUCACACUGGGUGCCCGAGGUACCCUCCCGCUAAACACUUCCCGCACGCGCAUCCACAUGCCCAGUUCCACUUCCACCCCCAAUCCCUACCCAUUACCCCAGACGCAGUACAACCCCACAUUUGAGACGAUGAGUAAACCGCCUCGCCGGGUGAUGUCCCAAGACCAGCUUCUGGCGCUGGGGGAGGGGAACACUCUCUCACGCCUCUCCAAGAACCAGCAGCAUCAGUAUUACAAACCCAUGACCACCAGCAAGAGCUCCAACACCCAGACUUUGCGCAAGUCCCACGAACGCCUCCUAGUGUCUCCGGACCGCCUGGAGGAGCGAAUGAUGGGUGAUUACGGCGGGAUGGUGCCCACCAUGUCCCGUCUCACCCACCACCAGAAAGCGCAAUCCCAGCAGAACGUGUGUGUGACGCCCUCGCUUGACCGCCAUCACAUGAUCAAAAUGAAUUCGCACCCUACCUCCGGCCGCGAGCAAGACCACACAGUUGCCACCAUGUCCUCCGGUCACGGGGCCGGGACUUUGGGAUGGGGGGAGGUCCAUGGCUCUGGGGGAGGACCCGGAGCGAUGGCGCACAGCGCUCGACGGAUGGCCUUCGCCACGAAACGCCAGAACACCAUCGAACAGCUGCAUUUCCUCCCCGGAGGAGGUGGGGGAGGGGGCGUAGGCGGUGGAAGUCAGGCGCUGAGGACGGGGAGCAAGAACGAAGUAACCGUGUGAGUGCAAAAAGAAAGAUAGUAAGGAGAUGAUGGAUAGAUGAGGUGUGAUUGCGCAAGCCGAAGGGAGGGAAGUGUAAAAAAGGCUGAAGACAGAAACAAAGAAUGGAAAGGAGGAAGGACAUAAGAAAGUGGUCACAAAUUAGGCCCAUAUGAAGGGAAUACACAAUUUAUUGCUAUUGAGAGAAAGAGGGAUGUAAAAACUAUAACAUAAGUGAUUCUGUAAAUCCCUAAAUUGCCAAAUUCUCAAUAAAUAGAAAUGUGAAGAAGGGCCCAGGUCUCCUCUGACCUGUGAGUAGCAAAUAGAGUUUCCAUGGCAUGGCUAUUCAGACAUGAUCUGAGGAGAUACCAAAAGGAAAAGAUUCAUUAUUAGAAUAGGCCAAGUUUUAUCUAGUUAGUACAGCUGAUGUAAAAAAAUUGUUUUAGGCGUUAAUUAGUUUUUUCCUGAAUCCAAUGAUACAGUUGACCUUGCCUCCAAAUUUUUGGUUUCACUCAACGCAAAGUCAUUCUCAAAGAGGUGUGUCACAUUCAUCACUUAAAUAAAGGGAGAUAUACAAUGAGAUAUACUGGAUGAAACUUGACAAGUGUCCAGUAGUACACUGAAUUAUCUCACGGAAAACAAUGAUUUGACCAGUCUCAAAUCAUAUCUGACUUGACUUGGCAGUGACUUGGGGAGUAUUGUGCACAUUAAGCAGUUUGCCAUCAAGUGAAGAAAAUACUGGUAAUUCAUCAGAGAGAAGAACUCGAGGACUUGAAAAAUGUCACUCGUUUUGUGACCUGACUCUUUAGUCUGCACUGUUAAUAUAAAUCCAAAUGCCAUCAGCCAUAUUAGAGCUUAUUCAUAUGGAGUAUAAUGGAGGAAAACAUUUUAAUUGGGAGACGGGUGUUAUAUUGAUGAUCAGAAAUUUUUAGCCUCUUAUACUGAGACUGUGAAUCAAAGCUGACAAGAAUACUUGUGUGUUUGAUUUUUUUUUUUUUUUUUUCAUUGUGAAUAACAUUUUGGCUGUUCAAAAGGCUGUCAUAUUGAUGGGUAAAUCAGGUCUGGACUAAAAAUGCUUGAGGAGACAGACAUUUGGAAAUUUAAUUCAGCCAUUGAAAUCUGAUAGAAGUCAUGCCUCUUUCUUGCAUGUUUGACCAAUCAGAGAACAGCUUUGUAUGACUUCCUGUUAUUUAUAGGCAUUAAGAGGUGAGAUUUAAUCAUGGGCAUGCAGUAAUGUCAAAUAAGACAGCAUACUCUUCACACUUAAUUUGCAACCCGAGCUGUUGUUUUAAGGGGUUUAAGGGGAAAGGGUUUGGUUAUACAAUGGACAAUUUAAUCCAAGGGCUAUUCUGAAACUACAUGUGUGUCUGUGCUUCCAUGUUCUGACGGCUUUUUAUCUUUUCCCGUGACACGGCUGUGUGCCAAUGAGUGUACAAAACAGUAAAACGGAACAAAAUCUGCAAAGCUACUUCAAACACUCUGUCACACUAAGAUGCAUUAUUAUCUACACGAUGAGUUAGAAUUUAGGAUAAAAAGAUGUCUUGUUUAUCUAUAUUAUAUUCAAGAAAAAAUGUCUUUUUUGUUAGUAAUUUCUGUGUUUUUCAGCUGUCUCCACAUCAAGUGGACACUGUUGUGGUGGAAUGUCUGAGAACGACCUUGCUGAGCAAGAUUAUUGGGCCAUUAUAUAGUAUUUUAGAUCACUCCGCAAUGUUUAAGCUUUUAUUAACUUUAACUGAAUUUAAAUACGUUACAAAAAGGUUAAAAAAAAAUCAAUUAAAUCCCAAAUGUUCAAAUAUGUACACAUGCCAAUUUAUGUGCAUA